UGCUCCGGCACAGCUCUGCCAUUCGGGUCCCUUAUCUCCCAGGACAACGGCUUCGAGCAGUUCAUCAUCAACUACUGCAACGAGAAGCUGCAGCAGAUCUUCAUCCUGAUGACGCUGAAGGAGGAGCAGGAGGAAUACGUCCGAGAGGGCAUCCAAUGGACCCCGGUGGAGUUUUUUGACAACAGCAUCAUCUGCGACCUCAUCGAGAACAGCAAGGUCGGGAUCCUGGCCAUGCUGGACGAGGAGUGCCUGCGGCCCGGCACCGUGAACGAGGACACCUUCAUCACCAAGCUGAACCAGAUCUUCGCCUCCCACAAACGCUACGAGAGCAAAGAGACGCUGAACGCCAAGCACGUCACCGACGUCAGCCUGCCGCUGCGCUGCUUCCGCAUCCACCACUACGCCGGGAAGGUGACCUACAACGUGACGGGUUUCAUCGAGAAGAACAACGACCUGCUGUUCCGCGACCUGUCGCAGGCCAUGUGGGCCUCCCGGCACGCGCUGCUGCGCUCCCUCUUCCCCGAGGGCGACCCCCAGAGACCCUCCCUCAAACUGCCCCCCACCACCGGCACCCAGUUCAAAGCAUCCGUGGCGACGCUGAUGAAAAACCUCUACUCCAAGAACCCCAACUACAUCAGGUGCAUCAAGCCCAACGACACCAAGAGGGCGAUGCUCUUCACGCCGGAGCUGGUGCUGGCGCAGGUGCGCUACCUGGGGCUGAUGGAGAACGUGCGGGUGAGGCGAGCGGGCUACGCCUUCCGCCAGCUGUACCAGCCCUUCCUGGAGCGCUACAAGAUGCUGAGCAGAAAGACCUGGCCCCACUGGGCGGGUAGCAGCAGGGAGGGCAGCGAGGUGCUGCUGGCGGAGCUGAAGAUGCCCCCCGAGGAGCUGGCGUACGGCCACACCAAAAUCUUCAUCCGCUCACCGCGCACCCUCUUCGACCUGGAGAAGCGGCGCCAGCAGCGCGUGGCCGAGUUGGCCACCCUCAUCCAGAAGCUGUUCCGCGGCUGGCGCUGCCGGAUGUGGUACCAGCAGAUGCGCAGGAGCCAGAUCCUCAUCUCCGCAUGGUUCCGCGGCCACGCGCAAAGGAUCAGGUACAAGCAGACGAAGCGCUCGGUGCUGCUGCUGCAGGCGUACGCGCGGGGCUGGAAGUCCCGUCGGCUCCUUCGGGAGCUGAAGGUUCAGCGUCGCCGUCACUUGGCCGCCAGCACCAUUUCCGCGUACUGGAAAGGGUACCAGGUAACGGGGCGAACCCCACUGCGGGGCCGCGCGCCCCUGAGCUGCUCUGUCCUGCUGUCCUGCUGCGUCCGGGGCUGUCUGUCUGUCCGCCCUGGCUCUGCCCACCCUGUCGGGGCAGGGCUGUAUAGGGAAGGGGAGGGGAGCCCCUUGCCCUGCCACUCGCUGGAUGCCGGGCAGCACCUGCCGCCCCCGCAGCUGAUGAAGGCGUGA